AGUAGAGAUAUGGUGAUGGAGUUUAAAUGGCUAUUGUUUAUUAGGAUAGCAGUGAUGAGUGUGUUUUUGCUGUUGGAAGGUACUACUUAUGCUUGUUUGGAGCAUGAGAGGAUUGCUCUCUUGCAACUCAAACCUUUCUUCAAUCAUUACGACGAACUAGUCGACUGGGACAAGCCGAAGGGCUCCGAUUGUUGUCGAUGGAAAGGGAUCGAGUGCAACACCACCACGAGACGACUGGUCGGACUCACCCUUAAUUCCACAAGGGAUAGUAGCGAGGGUUGGUAUCUCAAUGCCUCUUUGUUUCUUCCCUUUGUGGGGUUGAAGAGACUCUAUUUGAGAGGGAAUGCCAUUGCUGGUUGCAUUGAAAAUGAAGGUUUCCGAUGGUUUUCAAGACUCCUUAACUUAGGAACUCUUGAUUUAAGUUGGAACCCUUUAGGAAACGACAUCAUGUUCCAAUUGAGUAGUCUUUCUUCCUUGAAGAAUUUAAGUCUGAGAUCCAUUGAUUUGGAAGGAGAAUUGCUUCAUAUUCAAGGGUUGAAUAAUUUGACAAACUUGAGAUAUUUGGACUUGAACUCCAACAGCAUCGAAAGCAUCUUAAACAAAGAUGAAACACAACUGAGGCUAGCAAACCUGGAACGACUUGAUUUGAGUGCUAAUUUCUUUCGGAACACACUGUCCUUCCUUGAAGGACUUUCAGGCCUAAAGUCCAUAGAUAUCGAACAACGAUUUGCAAGGCUCAUUAUAUGUUGAAG